GGUUGUUUGGAACAAUUGGUUGCUUCAUGACACGCUUUACUUCUGCAAACCACAUUCCUCAGUUCCUAUGGGGAGCCCAUAGGAGUGUUGCAACUCUGUUUCUCAACGGUUCUGGGCAGUCACCAGCCAUUUAAAGUGGCCAAGGCUCCAAGACAUUCUGCCGUCAAUCUGAAGAGUCAAUGGAGAUCCGACUAUAGCUUCAUCAUGGGUGACUCACAAACAUCCAGAGAUGAUUUUUCUCCAGGAUGCGGUUCAGUUUAUCAGAGGAGAUCAGAACCAGAGCCCAGCUGUGUGUCAAUGAGAAGUGACGAGUCUUUUGGAUAUAUAAUAGACUUUAGGAGAGAAGAGACACAGACUGAUCUCAGGACAAUCCUACAACCCGGUUCAGCUGUAACAAAACCUAUCUGUAAGAAGAAUGGCCAGUCUAUGAAUCAACUACAGGACUUUAAUGAAAGCAAAUAUGCGUGUGUAAGCCAUGACGUCCUCAACAAGUUCAGAUCAAAUCUGAUGAAGAAGUUUCAGUGUUUGUAUGAGGGAACAGCAAAGCAGGGAAACCCAACACUCCUGAAUGAGAUUUACACAGAGCUCUACAUCACAGAGAGUGAGAGUGGAGAGAUCAGUAAUAAGCAUGAGGUGAGACAGAUUGAGACACAGUCGAGGAGAGUGGCAACAGAGGACACACCAAUCAAAUGUAAUGACAUCUUCAGACUUUUACCUGGACAAAACACACCUAUCAAAACCGUGCUAACAAAGGGAGUCGCUGGCAUUGGAAAAACAGUCUCUGUGCAGAAGUUCAUCCUGGACUGGGCUGAAGGGAAAGCGAAUCAGGACGUCCAGCUUAUAUUUCCACUUCCUUUUAGAGAGCUUAAUUUUAUGAAGGACAAAACCAUCAGUCUUUCAGAUCUUCUUAAAGUCUUUUUCCUUGAAACAAAAGAAAUGGAAAUAUCCAGUGACAAAUAUAAAGUGUUGUUCACCUUUGACGGUCUGGAUGAGUGUCGUCUGUCUCUGAACUUUCAGAGCCAUGUGAGGGUGCAUGAUGUAAAUGAAUCAGCGUCAGUGGAUGUGCUGCUGACAAACCUCAUUGUGGGAAAUCUGCUUCCCUCUGCUCUCAUCUGGAUCACCUCCAGACCAGCAGCAGCUGAUCUCGUCCCCUCUAAGUGUGUUCACCGAGUGACGGAGGUACGAGGCUUCGAUGAGCCACAGAAGGAGGAAUACUUCAGGAAGAGAAUCAGUGAUCAGAGUCUGGCCAAUACAAUCAUCACACACCUGACGUCAUCAAGGAGCCUCUACAUCAUGUGCCACAUCCCAGUCUUCUGCUGGAUCUCAGCCACUGUUCUAGAGAAGAUGUUGAGUGAAGCAGAGAGUGGAGAGAUUCCCAAGACUCUCACUCAAAUGUACACGCACUUCCUGAUCCUUCAGACCAAUAUUAAGCAUGAAAAGGACUAUGAGAAGAAUGUAACAGAUGAAGACAUGAUCCUCAAACUAGGGAAAGUGGCAUUUCAGCAGCUUCUGAAAGGCAAUAUGAUUUUCUAUGAGAAAGAUUUGAGAGAUUGUGGCAUUGGUGUGACAGAAGCAUCAGUAUACUCAGGAUUGUGCACUCAGAUCUUCAGAGAGGAGUUUGGCUUGUAUCAGGGGAAGGUCUUCUGUUUUGUUCAUCUGAGUGUUCAGGAACAUCUAGCGGCUCUAUAUGUGCACAUCUCCUGUAUAAACAACAACAUGAAUGUAUUUGACCCAAUCACCGAACCUAAUGCUUUGUCUAAAUUUAAGGACUGGUUUCAACUCACAUUUAGACAUGUUUCAUUUUCUGAGUUACAUCAGAGAGCUGUGGAUGAGGCUCUACAGAGUAAAAAUGGGCAUCUUGACCUUUUCCUGCGGUUCCUUCUGGGUCUGUCAGUGGAGUCUCAUCAGAUUCUCCUACAAGGACUAAUGACACUGAGAAGAUGCAGAUCUGAAAGCAAUGAGAAAACAGUUGAGUACAUCAAGGAAAAGAUCAGGACCAUUAACUCUCCAGAGAAAUCCAUUAGUCUGUUUCACUGUCUGAAUGAAUUGGGUGACCAUUCACUAGUGGAGGAAAUACAACAGUAUCUGAAAUCUGGAACAAUAAGUGAAGUCAAGCUCUCUUCAUCUCAGUGGUCAGCUGUAGUUUUUGUGUUGUUGACAUCAGAAAAGAAGCUGGAUGAGUUUGAUCUUAAUGAAUUUGUUGGAGAAAACAAUAAAGCUGAAAAACUGGCUGUUCUUCAGCAACUUCUGCCUGUCAUUAAAGUUCAUUUGAGUGAUUGUGGUGUCACAGAUAAAGAUUGUGCUGCUCUGACUUCAAUCCUGAAAUCAAACCCCUCACAUCUGAGACAGCUGAAUCUGUUUAAUAAAAAACUACUAGAUUCAGGUGUGAAGCUUCUCUCUGCUGUACUGGAGGAUCCUGAGUGUAAAGUGGAGAAACUGUGGUUGAGGGAUUGUGGAAUCACAGAUGAAGGUUGUGCUGCUCUGGCUUCAGCUCUGAGAUCAAACCCCUCACACCUGAAACAACUGGAUCUGACUAGGAAUAAAGUAGGAAAUUCUGUGAAUCUGCUCUCUGAUGUUCUGGCGAGUCCUCAAUGUAAACUGGAGAUACUGAAGUUUAUUGAUUGUGGAAUCACACAUGAAGGUUGUGCUGCUCUGGCUUCAGCUCUAAGAUCAAACCCCUCACACCUGAGACAACUGAAUCUUUCUUGGAAUGAACUAGGAAAUUCGGGAGUUACACAGCUGUCUGAUGUACUGGCAAGUCCUCAUUGUAAACUGGAGAUACUCACGUUGAGUGAUUGUGGAAUCACAGAUGAAGGCUGUGCUGCUUUGACUUCAGCUCUGAAAUCAAACCCCUCACACCUGAAACAACUAGAUCUGACUGUAAAUGAACUAGGAAAUUCAGUGUAUCAUCUCUCUGCUGCACUGAAGGACCACUGUAAACUGGAGAUACUGAAGUUGAGUUAUUGUGGUCUCACAGAUGAAGGUUGUGCUGCUCUGGCUUCAAGUGUGAGAUCAAACCACUCACACCUGAGAGAUCUGAAUCUGUCUGGGAAUAAACUAGGAGUUCCUGGUUUGACACCACUCUGUGCUGGACUGGAAGAUCCUCACUGUAAACUAGAGAAACUAUGGUUAAGUGAUUGUGGAGUAACAGAUGAAAGUUGUGCUGCUCUGGCUUCAGCUCUGAAAUCAAACCCCUCACAUCUGAGACAGCUAAAUCUGUCUGGGAAUAACCUAGGAGUUUCUGGUUUGACACUGCUCUGUGCUGGACUGGAGGAUCCUCACUGUAAACUGGAGAAACUAGAGUUGAGUGAUUGUGAAAUCACAGGUAAAGGUUGUGCUGCUCUAGCUUCAGCUCUGAAAUCAAACCCCUCACACCUGAAAGAAUUGGAUCUGAGUAGGAACAACCUAGACGAUUCAGACAUGAAACUUCUCUCCAAUCUAAAGAAUGAUCCACAUUAUAAACUAGAGAAACUGCAUUUAUUUUGACUCUCAGUUUCCUCAGGAUCAGCUGAUGGAGAAUAAGGAGCCGCUAUAGAGACGUCACAGUCACGCAAUCAACAGAGACUGAAAACACAGAAGUGCCACAGUGAUAACACUGUCAUGUGUGUGAUUACACAUUAUUUUCUAGUUUGUGUUUUUUUGUAGUUCUGUUCUUUUGAAUCACAAAUGUCAACAGAUUUCCACAGUAAUCUAACAGAGCACUUGAACUAACUGAUAAAUGCAAGACUGAUCUAUUGAGCUGAUGACUUAUGAAAACUGGUCCCAAGUGCUGAAACUGAGUUUGGUAUUGAUAUAUUGUGCUGCUUGAUCACAGUGAUGAUGGUGUAAGAUUAAAUAUACAUGGAAAGUGACAUGAAAUUAUAA